UCAUGUCCUUGGAAGCACACACUCUGCAACAAAAAUAUGAGAACACUAAAUCACUAAAUGUCAACUCAUCGCUGCAUGAGGAUAAAAGGCUCGCAAGCAGAAAUUCCCUACAGACAAAUCCCAACCACUACGGAGAUCACAACGUACAGAACCUAAUCGAUCAACAUGUGGUCGAGGCUCAACCUGCGCACCGGGAUCCUACUGACGGUCAUGUUCCUUAUGGCAGUUUACUCUCCUGCUGCUGCCACGCCCCUCCCAGGCCAAGACUGCUGCCCCUACCAUUCCUGGUGUUGCGUGCAUACGACAACAGUCCAUCCUUGCGCCCUGAGGUACGUCGACUGUCAGAAAUAUCCAUAUGACGAAUGCUGCAGGCGAUAUGGCUGAAGGCUGCCGGAUUGUGUUGACUAUGGCUGAUGUAGGCCAAG